AUGGCCGGUACUCCUACAUCACAGCAAGAUCCCUCUCUAGACUCAAAAUGUCGAGAGACAAUUGAUCGUACAUUCCCAUUCUUCGUCAUCCACAAUAACCACGUCACCAUCCUGCCCAACACGACCCUCUUCUCCAUCACCAGCCAGGUCUUCACCACCGCCAUCGCCGUCUUCGCCCUCCCCGCCGAGAGCCAGGCCGUGCUGGCCACAGAGCCCAGCCUCAAGAAGCUGCUGGCCGCCAUCUUCGACGCCGAGCACCGCGCUUUCGUGCUCGAGGACUCGGACCGCAUCCUCGCCGUGCUGGACGAGGACGCCAAGGCGUGCAUCCUGGCGCAGGCCAUCGCGGGCAUCGUCUUUGUGCUGCGGCGGCUGGUGGGCCUUCACGGUGGGGAGCUGACCACGGCGGCGUUUGAGAGGCAGCUGCGUCUGUUUGCGGGCAGUGAGCAGCGCAGGACGAUUCUGGAUCGCGUGGAGAGGAGCCACCUCUGGGGCAACUGCUUUGCUAAGCCGGAGAUCCUGAACAUGAUCAUGGAUGCGAUCAAUGUCGAUAUGGAGCAAGAUUCGGGCCGGUCAUCGCCGGUGUUGAAGCUGGAGGAUGAUCUUCUUGACCCCGUUGCGUGGGUCAAUGAGCACCACCCGACGAGAAACCUGGGCGUUCCGGAGGGUCUUACGAUCAUGGCGUUGAACUAG